UCCAAUAAAACCUCCUUCUCGGCCGCUUUAUUUCACCACUUUCUCCUUACACAGUUACGUACGCCUCUCUUUUCUCUCUCUCUCUCUCUAGAAUCAUCUCGAUCAAUCUAUCGGAAAUCAACGACGAAAUUAGAUGGGAAGCUGUUUAUCAUCUUCUUCGGCGGCUACAGUUCGACGAGGCGGAUCUGAUCUCCAGAAGCAAUCAUCCAACAAGGCCAAUGUGGUUUCUCCUAACGGCCAGCUAAGGCAAUACGAAGUUCCUAUAACCGUCGCCGGAGUACUCAUCGACGACCAGAAACUCGAAUCUAUGGAGGAGGUAGUAGGAGUAUCCAAAUCGGCUUUCUUCAUCUGCAAUUCAGAUAACUUGUACUUCAACGAGCAUAUAAAAGCGAUGGAUAUGGAUGAUGUUCUUCAGGCAGGUCAGAUUUACUUUUUGUUGCCUUCGUCCAAGCUUCGUCUUCCUCUCUCAGCUUCCGAAAUGGCUGCUUUGGCUGUGAAGGCAACAAUUGCUCUCCAGAAAACUCCUCCUUCUUCCUCUGACUCAAACCGUGGCCGUCGCCAGAGUAAAAAGGCGAGAAUCUCCCCUGUGGUAGAAGAAGCAGCGAAGGUUUCUAGUUAUAAUCCUUACAUCGAUGGAGGAGAAGAUUACAGCGUGCAGAAGACGGUGAAAAACGGCAAUUAUUAUCCUAUCGGUACUUUGGCAUCAUCAUCAUCAAAAUCUUCGUCUCUGUCUAUGAGAUCUGGUUCUGUGAGGAAGUUGCAGAGAAAUCCUUCUAAACGUGCGAGAAUCUUCAUGGCAGCUCGAUCUUUCAAGAUCAAAUUAUCCACAAUUUACGAAGGUUCCAUAGUUUAGUAAUCAUUCUACCUGCCUGGAUGGAUCCAUUCAAGAAUGAAAAUCUAGUUUUGAAUUUUGUUGAUGCCAAUUAAUAAUAAUAAUAAUAUUUGUAGUUUGUAAACUAAUUAAUAUACUCCCAUGUAAAUUUGUACUAUGUGGAGAUCGAUGAUCCGUAUGUAUGAUUUGAUUGAAAACUUAAUUAUGAGUUUAUUCUUUCCU